AUCGGUUUGCCCUAGCCCUCCUGUAUUCUCGCGAGUACGGAUUGCAAAUUACGAUAUAAAUGAUCUGGCCCCUUGGAGGCAGAGAGAUUCGCGAGAUCCCAAACCUUGACAUUUAUCCUACCUUACAAAACUCUCUAUAAACGCCCCUAUACGCACCGCGUAUAAAAUCCGGUGUAAUGGCUCCCGCGCUCCUCGUUGAUACCCCCAAUAAGACCGAAAGGCGGCUCCCAGUUACCCUUCUUAGCGGAUUUCUCGGGUCGGGCAAAACAACCCUUCUAGAAAAUAUUUUGACAUCUCCCGAACAUGGCCUCCGGAUAGGUGUCAUAGUCAACGAUGUUGGCGCGCUAAAUAUCGACGCGGCCUUACUCACCUCGCACGAUGUCACUCGUAAGGAAGAGCAAGUAGUGGCCAUGCAGAACGGCUGCAUCUGCUGUACCUUACGCGGUGACUUGCUCGAAGAGGUUGCGAGGUUUGCGGAAGAGAAGCAGGUCGAGUAUCUCGUCAUCGAGAGUUCUGGAGUUAGCGAACCAAUGCAAGUCGCCGAGACGUUUUCAGAGGAGUUUGCCGACAUGCAUGUUGCCGCGGGGUACGACCUCGAGGCAGAGGAGCAAGGGAAUAAAGGGAAUAAUAAAAACCUCGCCAAAAUCCUAAAAUCCGGCGGGCUCUCCAAGGUAGCGCGUCUCGACACUUGCGUCACGCUCGUGGACGCCGUAAAUUUCAUGCAAGACUUUGCGACGGCUGAUUUCUUAGUGGACCGCCGAACUGAUGUCCCGCAGGAGGACGAUAGGAACAUUUCAGAUUUGCAGGUUGAUCAGGUAGAAUUCGCGGACAUCGUGAUAGUCAACAAGUGCGACCUAGUUACUAAGGACGAAGCGAAUCGGAUUAAAGGGGUUGUUAAAAAGCUUAACCCUAGCGCCAAGGUGUUUUCGACUGUCAAAUGCCGACUGGAUCUAGGUGAGAUAUUGGAUACUCGCUCAUUCUCGUACGAAAAGGCGGCCCUCAGCGCCGGAUGGCUGAAGAGUCUGAAUGAAGAGAUCAGCCCUGAGACGGAGGAAUACGGGAUAGGCACAUUCGUCUAUCGAGCCCGCCGCCCCUUCCACCCGGCGCGGCUCUGGGAUAUGAUCAAGUCGGUCUUCGUCGUUAUUCAGACGGAGUACCAGAUGGAAGAAGACAUGGAUAUCGACGAGACAGAUGGUGCUGGAGAAGACGAGGACGCGGACGAGGAUGAGGACGAAGAGACUGACGAAGACAUCGAUAUGGAGGACGAACAACCUCAACUUGACCCUAAAGCACGAUUGGCUUCGAAAAUGGCAGACGAUACUUUCGGGCCGCUGCUGCGCUCAAAGGGGUUUCUGUGGUUAGCAACUAGGCCUAGGAUGUAUGGCGAAUGGUCGCAAGCAGGUGUAAUGCUGACCAUAUCGGGACAAGACCGCUGGCGCUGCGAGAUUCCGGAGGAUGAAUGGCCCUCAGAUCCAGAGGCGAGAAAAGCGAUAACCCGCGACUUCGACGGAAAGUGGGGAGAUCGGCGACAGGAACUUGUCUUUAUCGGCCAGCAGAUGAAGAACGGUGGCGAGAAGCGCUUGCGAAAGGCUCUCGACGCCUGUCUCUUAGACGAUGAAGAGUUCCGCAAUUGGGAGGCCGCGAUGGAGUCUGAUGAUAUCCAGGAGAGGUUGGACGAACUAUUCGAGGACGGAUUCGAAGAUUGGCUCGAGAUUGGCCACGAGGGACAUGACCAUAGUAACGGUCAUGGCCACGGAGACCAUGACCACUGAGACUGGCUCGAUAUGGUAUACAUUUGCGUGGUCAGCAUCAAUAUUUGUGGGAAACCAAUUAAUUAUCAAUAUAAUUAUAGAUCGAAGAUGUAAGUCAAUCUGCAGUACCUCCCUGAUGGAAGUUAUUGUGCACUGUAAUCAUCCACCAAGACCUGCUGUAAAGA